AGCGCUUAAAAAGCGAGAGAUCUUUGCAUGUCGAGCGUUGGAUUGGCUGCUCCCUUUGAUCCAUUCGCGGACGCCGCCACUGCUGAUACUGGUGAAAAGCUUGAACAAGGCUACGUGCACAUUCGCAUCCAGCAGAGAAACGGUCGCAAGUCUAUCACGACUGUCACUGGUCUCUCUCAGAAGCUCGAUUUGAAGAAGAUUCAGAAGGCCAUCAAGAAGGAGCAUUGCUGCAACGGCACUGUUCUUAAGGACGAAGAAUCUGGCAAGGAAGUUCUGCAGUUCCAGGGUGACCAGCGCGAAGCUGUCAAGACCUUCCUGAUCAAGGAAGAGAUCUGCGACAAGGACAGCGUGAAGGUUCACGGUUUCUAAGGGUCCGUGACCCUGCAAGGGCGAUUGUUGAAUGCCCUGAUCACAAGCAAGCGUGCGAGUGGUCAUUCCUUGUUAAGGAGACUCGAGAUUUUAAUCUGCAAGGUUGUUGCCCUGGGUUACGUCAGCAGCGUAUGAUCGUGCCUGGAACCUCAAGGCUGCAGCGAUAACGGGCGGUGAAGAUGGUUUCUCAUAGUGAUUGUGAAGAGUGUUGCAACUACAUACACAAGAGAACUCGUGCAUGCCGGGAGGAAGGGAGGGUGGCUGGUUGGCACGACGACGUUGAUGUUUCCAGCGGUAGGUGUUGGGUUCCUCAUCCUGUGCUUGUAGCGUCUGCCCCUAAGUUAGCUAGCACAUGUCUUUCAUCCUCAGAACAAUCAGCGUGGGAAGGGAAGACAGGAAUUUUAAGUCUUUCCUGCUUUGUCGUAGAUCCAGGUUAACUCUCUUGCAAUUAAAUCUCGUGUGAUAA